AUGAAGCUACCUCCCAUCGCGGUAGCCUGUCUUUCCGCUCUCGCCAUAGACUCAUGCAGCAACGUCAUCGCGCAACGCCUCAAAGCAUGGAACGAAUCUAAGCCCUUCGUCUUCGACCGCGUCCUCUUUACCCAGUUCGCCAUCAUGGUCGUACUCACCGCGCCCAUCAACUACCACUGGCAGAAUUGGCUCGAGCGCGCGUUUCCGGGCUGGAAGACCGUCAAGCAAACAAGGGCUGUAGGCGAAGGUGAAGAGGAGAAGGGCAUAAUGCUGAGAGGUGAUGGAGAAGGAAAGGGCAUUGUGGAAGAAGAGGUUAGAGUGAGGAACUGGUGGAAUAUCUUCAAGAAGUGGUUUACGGACUGCAUAACCAUGGGCGCGCUACUGAACCAGUCAAUGUUCCUGAUUCUGAUUGGUCUCAUGAAGGGCAAGACAGUUGCGAUGAUUGGGCAGGACUUCAGAAACGAGCUCUUCGGUCUCAUCUUCGAUUCGUACAAGGUCUGGCCGAUUGCCAACUUCUUUAGCACCACCUUCAUCCCUGUCGAGCGUCGUAUUGUCUUCCUCAGCUUCUGCGGUUUACUGUGGAACAUAUAUCUGAGUCUGGUGGCAGCUCGAUUGUAG